UCACCAACAAUAGGCUUUAAUGUAAAGUCACAGUAAAACUGCUAGUAUAGAAUAAACCUUUCUAUGUAUUAUAGAAUAAUGAGAAAAAAACUUGUAAAACCAUUCACUAUCCAUCACUAAAAUUAUUUGUUUCUUAAAACUAGUUUAUCUCAAAAUGUAGUGUAUUCAGAGUUUCUAAUUUCUAAUUUGUGGAAAAGUAUAAUAAUAUUGGUUAUUGAAAAAUAAGCUAUGACUCAUAGUAGCUGAACUGAAAUUAUAAAAUUCUCAGCUUACAUAAAAUCAAUAAUAAUGAUAAAAAAACAUGUUGACAGUGUAACCAGUGUAGUUAGUUGCCAGUGUCAAUUAACAUAUUAUUUAAAUUAUAAUAUACAAAUUUUCUGUAUAUUUCAGAUGUUCUGCAUCCAGGAAACAGAGAGCCCACACACGGACCCUUUCUCAAACAAUGACCAAGACCCGCUGAGCAAUCCCAACCAAUCAGAAUCAAGUGAUGACGAGCCAAGUGCCAAAAGACUGAAAACGAGCUUCAACAGUCCAUCAUUGAAUCUUAAAGUCUACCAAAUACCAGCAUUCAAUACACCACAAUCAUUAUCAAUAUUUCCCACUGCUCCGACUACUUCAUUACCAAAAUUUGUUAACAACCCUUUAAAUUUAGCGAACCCUUUAGCAUUGAACAAUUCUAUUGUCAAAAAUGCAAAUAACAUUGUAAAAAAUUUGCAAUCACGUUAUUCCUUGCCAGCCAAGUUGACCAUCACACCUGUGCAAACUCCAAAUAAAACGGAAACUGGUGAGGUAGUGAGAUAUAAGAAAAAUGGAGAGAUUGCAAAGAAACGAGGACCACCUAAGGGAUAUAAGCGGAAACCCAAAGUGGAUCUGUCAAUGAGUUUGACGAAUAUGUCAAAUGUUGCGCUAUUACAGGUAUAUUAAACAGUCAUAUUUUAA